AUGGCAGGAAAGACCAGCACGACCGACAUACCUUCACCGGGUCGCGACCUCGCUCGCAACAGCACCUCUUCUGUAUUUACAUCCGCGCAAUCAACAACAGAACCCGUCCAAGCCACACAAACAAAAUCCAAAGUUGCCAAGCGUUACACAAGCACAAUCGAAAUCCAGAUUCCGGUAUAUCGACAUUCGAAAAUGCCUUCGAAUUUCCAAAACAAUGCGCUCAUGAGGGCACGACUGCCUCCUAAACCACCUCCUGCAAAGGAUCAGUCUCAGGAUAAGGACUCUGACUCAUCUGGUCAAUAUUCCACAACACCUUCCGAGGUACCGGGCAAUACCAGAGUAAACUUCCGCAUUCCUGCCAAGAACCAAGUCUCGGAGACCGCGGGACAAAGUACGGAGAUUUCGAAGGGGUUGAACAACAUUCUGAAGGAGAAUCUGCUGAACGAGAAUCUGAAGAGAAAUCAUAUGGGGGAGAUGAGAGGGAUAGCGCGACUGGAAAAGAAUCCGUUUGCUACUAUAAACACGAGAACACCACCACAAAAUACCACACCCGCGGAAAAGCCUUCAGCAUCGGCCGUGGAAUCUGAGGAUCCCACAAAGUCGCUUGACGCCAAUGCGGUGUUCAAAUUCAAGCAAGAUAUGACGCUCUCCAAUAUCCGAGAAUCUCUUUCUAUGAACGCGCAGGAAUGGCUUUCGUUUGUGCGCUCAAUCCGCUCUCUACGACGGAACAAAGAUAAUAGCCACUGGCCAUCGAACGGUCUUCUUUGGAUGAUAGAGGCGACUCGUUUUUGUUUUCCCCAGGAAACACAUGGGCUGUCGAUAGAAUGGAGGUGCGCCGCCUUUAUGUAUAUUAGAUCCCAGGAGAGGCUGUUGAAAGAUCUAGACGGUACGGAGACACAAGGACCACAAUCUAUGCCCAGCACGCGAAGCAACUCGGGAAUAAAUAUUACGGAAGCCGUUCCUGAAAGAUCUGAAGGCAUGGAUGUUGGUGACAAGAUUGUACUGGGCGACGCGAAAACGAAAUACCCACGAUCUGCAACUGCCAUAAAAGCGAAUGCAGGUUCAAAUACCACCGAGGCUGUUCCUGCACAUUCCGGAGAUCGGGAUGUUGUUGACUUGAUUGUGUUGAACAACACCGAAGCACGAAAACCACAAUCUACAACUGCCACAAAAGCCAAUCUAGGAUCAAAUACCACAAAACAUGUUUCUGCAAAACCCGGAGACAUGGAAACCAUUGACAAGAUUAUGAAGGAUAUGUCACUGUCCAAGAUCCAACAAUCUCUUGGUAUCGAAGAUUCGAACUGGUCGUUAUUUGUUUCGGAAGUUCGUAAACGGUUGGCGGCCUUGAGUACCCUCAACUCGAGGUUAAAAGAGCUUCAGGCUCUUGUGAAAGAAUUUCAGGUCCGUGGAAUGUUCUUUCCAAAAGCCCUUUCGAAUGAUUGGUUGUGCGCUGCGUUUCGCUUUAUCGCAUCUCAGGGGACGGUUGAGAUUUCGUCAGAAGAAAACAAGAAGAGAGAAUACACCAAGACGGUGGCUAGUAAAGUCGCAGAUGUUACACUCGCAUCUGAAUCCUCGACUAUAACCUUGUCUGCGUCCAAGCAAUUGCAGGUUCAGACUGAAUCAACUCGUAAAUCGGCUCGGCCCCUUCAACUGGACGAGGCAGAUCUUGAAUGGCUGCUUGAAAUAAGAUUGAAGGAUUCACGCAGAAUGAAAGAUAUUCUACAAUAUCCUCUUGCUCAGAAUCCAAGAGCAAAUGAUCCUGAAGAGUAUCAUGCAAGACACGAAAAGUAUUUAGCAAUUGCACUCGAGCGAAACAGCAAGGCCAACCAAAUACCGACACCCAUAAUUCCCGCAAUAGAUGCAGAGGCUUUGGACGUCAGUACAGAUAUAUGGAACAACACAACCACUAGAGCAAUCGAUGAUGAACCCGAAGAUAACAUCAUGGUAGAUGAACAAGUUGUGCGUCAACCUUUGAAAUUCUCGGAACUCGAAGCGACUGGCGAAUCUGGAUCAAGAGCUUCGAUAGCCACUAAUUCUCUGAGCGCUGGUAGCGUUGAGAAAGCUAUCACCUCAGGAGAUCCGAACUUGAUUACCAUUGAUGAUGAUAGUCACAAAAAUCGGACAGAACAACAACCCCAAAUCCAGGUGCUACCACAGAAAGGCUAUUUCAGCAAAACAAACACAACAUUUACUGGAAAGAAAGUGCCUGCUAGAUUACCAAGCAGCUUAGUUCAAGAUGCUAGCGACGACUCUGGCUUCUCUGACUCUGAUUUUGACUCUGAUGAUGAAAGCAUCACAGCAGAACCUAUGAUUGCUGAAAUGACGCUACCUACACUCAGCACAGCUACACGCAAUGGGACGAAGGUGAGACAACGUUAUGAGCCAUCAGCGGUGGGAGAUCAUAAUUUUGCAGAGAUUCCACAAUCGAAAGCGAGAAUACAGCGAAAAGCCACGGGUCAAGCGAAGAUAUCGGAAGAAUUGAAAGCUACGUUGCUACCGAGGUCAAUAUCACAGUCAGGGGUUAGCUCGAAAGUAUCGGCGCAAAAAGAACCAACACAAUCAGAUCGUCAGUCGCCCAAGACACUAAAGGAAAUGAUUGCUGCACGAACCAAAACUCGAAAUCCCCUCUCAAUCUCACCCAAUCCCGAUGAGACUUGGGAAGUCGAAGAGGUGAUUGAGAAAGCAUCGACUACUUUGACUGAGUAUCUUGUGAAGUGGAAAGGUCGUGAAGGUCAGGAAUGGGUCACAGCGAGACAUUUCAGUAAUCCCGAGUACGCGAGACAGGAAUUGGAGAGGCUGGGGGCCGAAGCUUUUGAUGAGGGUGAGGGAGUGGGGAUAGAGGAGAGUAGGAUGACAGGGAAAUCGAGGAAGCAUGACGAAGCAAUGCGGAGGGCUAGAGAGCAAAUGGUAAGGGAUAUGGUGGAUCUGACAAAGGAUAGCGAGGAGUUAGUCAGGAAUAGGGAGGAGCUGGCAAAGGAUCGGAAGAAAUUGAUCAAGGAUAAGGAGGCAUUCGUGGAGAGGGUUGAGAGGUUUGAGGAGAGGUUGGAGGAUGAGAUGGAUGGCGUGCGUUAUGGUAGGGUUUCGGAGAGUGAGAGUCCGCCUGUGAAGAGGAGACGGGGGAGGCCGAGGAAGAAGGGGGAUGGGGAGGUGAGUUAUUUAGAUAGAUGA